GCCCCCGUUGCCGAGCGCGGGCGCGAGGGGCGGAGCUUGGCGGAGCAGGGGAAGGGGUCGCCGCGGCUCCCGCUCUUCGAGUUGGCGGCUCCCUCGGGCGCUGCUAGGCGGACGUCGGGUCCGCAGGGCGGGUGGCCGCGGUCGCCCGGCGGCACGCUCAGCUGCGGUCAGGGGCGACAUGAGUGCGGCGGGGCUGUUGGCUCCGGCCCCGGCCCCGGCCGGAGCGCCGCCGGCCGCGGAGUACUACCCUGAGGAGGACGAGGAGCUGGAGAGCGCCGAGGAGGACGAGCGCAGCUGCCGGGGCCGCGAGUCCGACGAAGACACUGAGGAUGCUAGUGAAACUGACCUGGCAAAGCAUGACGAGGAAGACUAUGUAGAAAUGAAGGAACAGAUGUAUCAGGAUAAACUGGCUUCUCUCAAGAGACAGUUGCAGCAACUUCAGGAAGGUACAUUACAGGAAUAUCAGAAAAGGAUGAAAAAACUAGAUCAACAGUACAGAGAGAGAAUACGAAAUGCAGAACUCUUCCUGCAGCUGGAAACUGAACAAGUGGAAAGAAAUUACAUUAAAGAAAAGAAGGCAGCAGUGAAAGAAUUUGAAGACAAGAAGGUUGAGCUGAAAGAGAACCUGAUUGCUGAGCUAGAAGAAAAGAAGAAAAUGAUUGAAAAUGAAAAGCUCACAAUGGAACUGACUGGAGAUUCUAUGGAAGUGAAACCCAUCAUGACCAGAAAGUUGCGGAGGCGACCAAAUGAUCCCGUCCCCAUCCCAGACAAGAGGAGAAAACCUGCUCCUGCCCAGCUAAACUAUUUGUUAACAGACGAACAGAUCAUGGAGGAUCUGAGAACGUUAAAUAAGCUUAAGUCGCCCAAGAGACCAGCAUCCCCGUCCUCCCCUGAACACUUGCCUGCCACACCUGCGGAGUCUCCAGCCCAGAGAUUUGAAGCUCGGAUAGAAGAUGGCAAACUGUACUAUGAUAAAAGAUGGUACCACAAGAGCCAAGCCAUCUAUCUGGAGUCAAAGGACAACCAGAAACUGAGCUGUGUCAUCAGCUCUGUGGGGGCCAAUGAGAUCUGGGUGAGGAAGACAAGCGACAGCACCAAGAUGAGGAUUUACUUGGGCCAGCUUCAGCGCGGGCUCUUUGUCAUCCGCCGGAGGUCAGCGGCUUGACUUUCUACAGUGUUCUUCCCUUGACCCUAUUUCUGGAGUGGUUUUUGGUUUGGUUUGGUUUGGUUUUCUUCUUAAUAGAGUUUUUAACUUGGAAAUUGCUCCUUGGCCUUGGAAAAUGGAGAACACUGUUGUGGAUUCUGCACGGCACUUUUGUGGCCAGCCACUUCCAUCUUUGUGUCAUUCUUUCCGGCCUCGACUUCUUCCAGCCAUCAGUCCCCAUGAGACUGUUUUACUUUUGGGAGUGUUGAGAGUUUGAUUUACUUAUGUCUUUAGUUUUUGCUUAUACUUUGUCCUUUUUUUAAGCCUCCUUUGAGUUUGAAGGGACAUCUCUCUUUAUUAAUCAUCUUUCGGUCUUUCUGCCAUGAAGAGGAGCAGGAAGGGAUCCACUCUGCGGUGCGUUUUCAUGCUUUCAGUCUGAUUAGUGGACCACGUACCUACUUCACUUGUUGAACCCAAUUCACUAUUUGCCCAGAAGCUUGGGGCAGAGGUCCUAGUAGAAGGAGAUUAGUUCUCCUGGCUCUCAGCCUUCUUGGAGAAAUAAAUGCCUGGUGUAACAUCUGGCGUAUGCCAUCUACUCCACAGGCUGAACGACAGAAAAAUAUGCCUGGGAGCCUACGUGCACUGAAGUAAAUCGGGCUUGGGGGAGGGGGCCUUUCAUAUUCAUAAUGUGCUGAAGGUACCAUAUUUUAAAUGUUAUUUAAUGCAGGUGGUUUAUUCAAACACAUUUGUUCUAGCUCAAGCUGGAACAAGAAGUGGUCAUUUCAGAAGUUUUCAUUUGUAGUUCAUUUCUCUCCCCUGCUCCCAGGUAGAUGGAGUGGGACCUGCCACAGGCUGAUGAUUGGGUUAUCUCUUGUAGGUGGGGAGGUGGGAUUGAUAGUGCAAUAAUCGGUGAUCUGUAGACUCUCACUCAUAACUCAAAGUGCCCUCUUGUCGCUGAUGCCAGUAUUGCACACUGGCUGUUCCAAGCUCGUGGAACCCUGUUGUUGGCACUCCCAGCCUCCCAGGAGAUCUCCCCGGAGAUCUGGCCUAGGUUGAAGACAAAGAAAGCUCUGCUGUGGCUCCACUAAGCCAGCGCUCUUCCUAGUGAAUCCUGAUGAAACAGCCUUCCUGCACUCCCUGCUCCCUCUCCCUCAUUCCCAUAGUUGGACUAAUGAUUCGUUGGGUGAUGGGGUUUUCUAUGUUCUGGUUGCCACCUUAAGAUGUUUAAAGAACUUGCGGUUUGAGUAAGUGUUAGCCUCUGUGGGAACUCAGUAGACCUUAGACUCCCCAGGAAAUCUUAAUUCCCCUGGUCUCAAGUGAUUCUCUCCAUGUUGUCCCUUGACGUACACACCCCAAAGCAACCUGGGGGUCUGUGAUGACAAGUAAAUCAGCUUCUCGUAAGUCCUGGCUUUCAUCAGAGACCAAACCUUACUCACUCGGAGUAAAGAUUUGUACAGCUAUGUUUUUGUGUUAAUUUAUAACCCAUUUUUUUCCUCUCAUUUUUUUUCUGGUGUUGGAGUCUUAUUUAGAAAACAGGAUAAAUGAUGCUCAUUUAUUAAAAGUUGCCUGGGUGUUCUGUGUUUUUUCUGCCCCCCACCCCCCGGUCCUCCUUGUUAUGAUGUUUACUAUAGUGAACCAAGUCCACAGUAAACAGGGGCUUCACCUUUUGUUUCUUCUUGGUGGCCUUUGCUGUAAGGGAGGACCUCUCCUGAAUUGUCACCAGUGUGUGUAACAUCCCAGAUUGUCAGGUAGCUAUUGGUUAUUAUCUAGUGCUCUGUGAUAGAAAUUUAUUUAGAUAUAUUAAGUGUGUGUUGUUAUCAAAGGUGUUUUUUUUUUUUUUUAAAUGAUCAUCUUAUUUGUCUUCCUAACAGUACACACCAAAGUUUGUUUUUUAGGAAAGGAUUGUAUUGAUGACCAUUGGGGGUUCAGCAUCGAAGCAGCAGCAAGUUGCCUUUUUUCCUCGCCUUGUCUGGUGGCAUCUCUGUGCUUUUGUGAAAUCACCAUUUGAAGACCAGGGUGUGGGUGCUUUGCCCUUUGCUCUUCUGUAAAUUUGAGUGUUUCAGGCCAUGCUUCACGCAAUCUCAGCCCCAUCACUGCCUUCUGCUCCUCAAUAUCCUCCCAACCCUUAAUCAUGAUCUAGUGAGGAUGGGGGGAAAUGUGAAGUAGACUUGAGACACAGCACAGUAAAUUAUAUUCCUAAUCUCGGAAGAUUUAAUAUGUUAGUCACCCUAGGGAUGAAAAGUCCGCAGCCCCUGUGCUGACCAGCCCCUGUGCUGCCCAGGGGUGGAAGAGCUCCCUUGUUAGGAGGUGGAGGUACUUUUGUGGUGGGCAGAAGCGAACUAGAGGGGAAAAACAGACUUUGAAAUUCCUAGAAUAAGAAGGGGCUGGCUUUUAGCCCAGGUGGCCACACUUAUUCCAAAAGGUCUUUGUCUCUCACUAGACCCCGGAGAACCAGAUGAAUUCCCAAAUUCAGACUAUUUCCUACAAGUGAUACUUGGAAAAAAGUUGGUCCGAACACUUCUGAUCAAAAACCUGUAUGUGUGUUACUCUGAUUAAGAACCUUUACAUUUGUUGUUCUAAUCAGGAACUUCUCCGUGUGUUUUGUUCGAGGCGUCUGCCUCAGUAUUAUACACAGUGUUUGCUAUGGAUAUGUCCCCAUAUUUAUUUUACCUCUGCUUGGGGGUUUUUAUGUGCCCUCCACCCAGACUCCCUCUCUCCUAAGCCAGUGUCCUCUUGGACAAUUUCCAGAUUUCUGUAGCCAUACCAAAGCCAGGAUGUUUUCAUUCAUUUGCAUACCAGUAUUUAUGGAUGUCUAACUACCUAACUUAAUUUUUUAAAAAAAUACUUGUAAGUGGGGCCAGUGUAAGAUCCCAGAGGCUGAUCUGCAAAUAAAGCGGCUUACAAUGUGUGCAAGACCCUGUGUUCAGGAUUUGGUGACUUUUCUAAGAGAAAUAUUGGGGGUGGGGUGGGAUUGGUUGCAUUUUUUUACCUAACUCGAGGGGGAAAAUCCUAUUUUUUACAAUAUUUUUGGUUUUGUUUUUCUAUUAACAUUUCCUUUUAGCCUCGAAUCUUUGCUAAAUUUCCUCCUGACUUAAAAAUCUUGUUUCUAAUCUGGGAAUUUGAAAUCUUGGUAUUAAUGUUAUACCAAUUUUUCCAAAGAGUUCAAACCACUUUAAUACCAGAACAUGGUAAAAAAAUUUGCAGCCAUUUCAAGCAUCUGGUGGGCUUUUUAUAUGACAUCAUUAUCUGGUACCGAUAAAUGUUCUGAGAGGUGAAUGUAAGAUGUAAAAAGUAUAGGUUUUGUUUUUAAUAACAAUAAACUUUCAAAGAGAAAACCA